GCGGGCCCUACGUGCUGACGCUAAUUGUAUAUGAGCGCGAGCGGCGGGCUCUCGGGUCUUUUUUAGCGCCAUCUGCUCGCGGCGCCGCCUCCUGCUCCUCCCGCCGCCGCCCUGAGUCACUGCCUGCGCAGCUCCGACCGCCUGGCUCCCCGUGCUCGCCACCGAUAUUUGGAGUUCUUAACAACAUGGCAGACAUUGACAACAAAGAACAGUCUGAACUUGAUCAAGAUUUGGAUGAUGUUGAAGAAGUAGAAGAAGAAGAAACUGGUGAAGAAACAAAAAUCAAAGCGCGUCAGCUGACUGUUCAGAUGAUGCAAAAUCCUCAGAUUCUUGCAGCCCUUCAAGAAAGACUUGAUGGUCUGGUAGAAACACCAACAGGAUACAUUGAAAGUUUGCCUAGGGUAGUUAAAAGACGAGUGAAUGCUCUCAAAAAUCUUCAAGUUAAAUGUGCACAGAUAGAAGCCAAAUUCUAUGAGGAAGUUCAUGAUCUUGAAAGAAAGUAUGCUGUUCUCUAUCAGCCUCUGUUUGAUAAGCGAUUUGAGAUCAUUAAUGCAAUUUAUGAACCUACAGAAGAAGAAUGUGAAUGGAAACCAGAUGAGGAGGAUGAAAUUUCGGAGCUGAAAGAAAAAGCCAAGAUUGAAGAUGAGAAAAAAGAUGAAGAAAAAGAAGACCCCAAGGGAAUUCCUGAAUUCUGGUUAACUGUUUUUAAGAAUGUUGACUUGCUCAGUGAUAUGGUUCAGGAACAUGAUGAACCUAUUUUGAAGCACUUGAAAGAUAUUAAAGUGAAGUUCUCAGAUGCUGGCCAGCCCAUGAGUUUCGUCUUAGAAUUUCACUUUGAACCCAAUGAAUAUUUCACAAAUGAAGUGUUGACAAAGACAUAUAGGAUGAGGUCAGAACCAGAUGAUUCUGAUCCCUUUUCUUUCGAUGGACCAGAAAUUAUGGGUUGUACAGGGUGCCAGAUAGAUUGGAAAAAAGGAAAGAAUGUCACUUUGAAAACCAUUAAGAAGAAGCAGAAACACAAGGGACGUGGGACAGUUCGUACUGUGACCAAAACAGUUUCCAAUGACUCUUUCUUUAAUUUUUUUGCCCCUCCUGAAGUUCCUGAGAGCGGAGAUCUGGAUGAUGAUGCUGAAGCUAUCCUUGCUGCAGACUUUGAAAUUGGUCACUUUUUACGUGAGCGUAUAAUCCCAAGAUCAGUGUUAUACUUUACUGGAGAAGCUAUUGAAGAUGAUGAUGAUGAUGUGAGUGAAUCUGAAUCCUGCGCUGAGAUCAUUUGUAUGAUGAAGAAGGUGAAGAAGCAGAUGAGGAAGGGGAAGAAGAAGGAGAUGAGGAAAAUGAUCCAGACUAUGACUCAAAGAAGGAUCAAAACCCAGCAGAGUGCAAGCAGCAGUGAAGCAGGAUGGUCUACCUUCUGCUUCCCUGGAAAGGAUGAAUUUACAUCAUUUGACAAGCCUAUUUCAAGUUUUUUGUUAUUGUUUGUUUGCUUGUUUUUGUUUUUGCAGCCUAAAAUAAAAAUGUCAAAUAUAAUUUUAGUUCUCACAAGAUAAUGUCUUAAUUUUGUACUAAUUCAGGUAGAAGCUGAGGCCUAGCUUGAAUUAAGCAUUGUUACCCAGUUUACCAUAUUAUGGAAGAGAAGUGUGUCAGCGUUGGGAGAGGUACUACAUCGGCUAAUUAAGAAAGUAUAAAAAAGGAAGGCAAAGUGAUGUAAUGUUUUUUUAAGAGAAAGAUUAAAAGGUUAAUCUUUUAUUUCCUUUGAUUAGAGCUAGAGAGAAGGCCCCAAGCCUCUAUGGUUAAUUCUGAUUCUUACUGCUUUUAAAGUAUGAGUAUGUCAUUUACCCAUGCUUCUGUUUACUAUGUAUUAAAAUGGGUAGUACUGUUUACCUAACUACCUCACGGAUAUGUUAAGGCAUAUUAAGUUAAAUUUUAUGAAAUGUUUCUUGAUCUCAUUAAAAGCUCAAAAAUUUGGACCUAUUUGUAUCACAAGAAUGAUAGCCAGCAUUUUAUUCAUACCAGAGCUUGAUAGUUCAACUGGAAAACAAAGGUUUCAGUACCUCUAUUCUGGAUCUGGUCAGACAACCUCUUGCAGAUCUUUGUGUGGCUCCUAUCUUAAUAGACGCUGAUAGAUGAAGCAACUUUUUGUAAAGGUCCAAGGAUUGUUUUUAGGUGUUUUAGUUAUGACCAUAUUGUAGUAUAAACUACAGAGAUCAUGGGAUUAACAUAGGAAGAAGACCAUUUUUAGUGGGGGGAAAUGCCAUUAAAUUUGAGACUGUAGAGCCACAUUUAAAAUACCUCAGGCUAAUUACUGUUAAUUUUUUGUGAUGAGCUUAAAAGCUUUGACUCGGUGAGGGUAGACUAAAUGGAUUAUAAUUAGAAGAUGGCCUAGAGUUCCUGCUCUUAAUAAAAUUACAUUAAGUUUGUUCUUAGAAGUGAUAGAGCUUCCUUUUUGAAAAUUUAGUAUUAAGAUCUUGGAAUGUGAACACAUCUUGUUAUUUGUAUAGUACUAUUCAUUCCUCUCCUGAGAUUUCAAUUAACUACUGGAAAUCCUUAACCAGUUGCGGUAGUGUGUAGGAAAAAAAUGCCAUGAAAACACCUUGUUUUUCCUCUUAUUUUCAAAAUGCUUUUGUUUGCUUUGAUUAGAUAUUCUUUGCUGAUUCUUGUUUUUGUACCCAUAGCUCAUUUGCUCACAGCCUUUUCUGAACUCAAAAAUUUUAAAGAUAGAAUCCCAUUUUUAAUGAACUUAAGCAGCAGAAUCAAUAUUUUUUUUUCCAUUCCUUUAGGUAAUAGCUAUUGCCAAAGUGAAGGGACAGAUACUAUUUCAUCUUGUUACAUAAAGGGGAUGUGGUUUGCAGAGGAAUUGUUUUCUUAAUAAAUUUGGCAUUGCAGUGUUCAUCUAUGCCAUCUCUCCAGUUCCAAAAUGGUUCUAUUCCAUUUUCGAAAUUUGAAAUAUGUAAUUUGAAAUCCUUAAUAAAAUUUGCAUUUAAUUUUAUAAAAUGUA